AUGGCAAAUUUCUACUCACAAUGGUACAAACAAAGUGUCUGCCAACGGAAUCUCAAUAAAGAGAAAUAUAGAUGCUUGGACGACAACGACCACAGCAGCAUUUCAGAGAAUAGAGAUAUUGCAGUUUCAACGUUAACAACGGAAUUGUUAACAGCGGCACAGGUGACGGUUUCACGCGUUCAGGAUACAUUAGUUUAUAACUUAGAAUUAAAACCAUGGGACACAUUACCCACAACACAAUCCUCAUCAUACUCAUCUUUACGAUCACGCGAGCCAAGCGUCCAAAGUUAUAGUACCACGUCGUCGUCAUCCUCCUCAGGUUUUGGCUUCUAUAGCGAAAAUGGAAAAUCUCGAGGUUUUCACAAUAGCAAUCGAUCGCGACAACACACGCGAACAAUCAGCAAUGCGUUUUCAACAACGUCGUCGAACAUAAGUCAAUUGUCCAAAGAAUCUUUAUGGGAUGACUGGAUUGUGAAAUUUAUUAGUAAUGAUGAUGGAGCAAAGGAAAUGAUUGGUGGAGAUUCAUUGGAAGAAUGGAUUUUUGAUACGAAAAAUUUGUCGCAGGGUGUACAUUAA